AAUUUUCUAACAAGAUUUCCAGUCAUGCUUAUAGUAUUUGGUAUUUGUUACAGCUGUAAUCCCUAAUUUGCAUUUAUGUUGAGUAUGUUGUAAUGUUAACAUCUUUGCACAGAAUGACUAAAAUGUUGCUACUGAUAUCUUAAAGGAUGUAGAGCAUGUCUUUUUAAUUAGCUUGACUGCAUAACUAAAAGGAACAACAGAAAUAUGGUAAUUGUUACCCAGACCACCAAUUCAUGUUAAAUUAUUUACUUUCAGCUACUGGGAAUCAUUUGCUUAAAUAGGAGUCAAGUAAGGGAGGAAAUGAGUAAGUAAAAGUUACAAGUAUUUAUAAUGAGUUUUUGGUCAACUAGCAGUUAGUUUGUGCUGUAUUUAAAAAAAAGCAUCAAUGAAAUUAUAUUGUUUGUAAGAAAGUAUAAAUAAUGUUCAUUAGGGCAUUCCAUGUCCAGGAAAAGUAUAGACAUUAAUGGUGAGUGAGAUAAGAUUGUGCCCACAGCAAAGAUGUAUGAUUUUGUCAUAUGUAUGAAAUAGUAUGAAUUAAUGGUACUUUAUUACAAUGAUCUAUCUAAAUUUACAUUGAAGGGAUUAUCCUCAGAAAAAUAAAUAAAUAAAAAUAGUAUUAAUAAUAAUUUGCAGGCGGCCAUAAUUUCAUAGAGAAGUAUCCUUAAUGUAGAUAAUGGUAUAAUUUAUUUACCUUGUUAUCUCCAACUAUUGUGUCAGUGCCUUAUAAAGGAUGUAAAUGUUGUUAAUCUUAUUGUUGAUGAUUUAUAAGGAGGUACUUCAUACUCUUAGGCAAUGGAUGUCCAAGGCAAAAAUGUGAACAAAAUAUUCUCAAUAACUUCUAUCUUAAGUUUGCUUCUGAACUAGAUGAAAGGUCAAGGUUUCAAAUCUAUGCUGUAUGGACACUUUAUGCACCCAAACUUUGGUUCAGAAAAUAAAUUAAUUGCUCCUCACACACUCCCAAAAUGGAGGCACUAUUGUGAGGUUGGUGUAGUAUUCUCAAUAGAAGCAAACUUGUUGUGCACCCUAUAUUUCAGUCUUGACAAAGUAUGUGAACACCUUUGUAGUGUGUAGCUAAAGGCAUUUUGAGUUCCACUUGCACUGUGAGAAUGGACUGAAUCAGCUGGUGUUUGAAGUGGUGAUAAGUGUGACAUUUUUUUAGUAUAUUGGUAUUUAGUUGAUAAGUUUUGCAGUUUAAUAAGAAGUUAAUCUAUAUAUAACUUUUUUUCUGUGAUUUUGCUUUGAACAUUUACACAUCCGUUGCCCCUCCCUUCCCUCCCUUAACCAGUGGAAAGGCAAUCAUGGGACACUCAAAGGACACACUGUCCUUUUGUCCUUGUCCGUUUUGCUUCUCAUCACUUCCUGGAGCCUUUGUCAUACAGAGGACGCGUUCUAACCAAGUUUUUUUUUUUUUUUUUUUUUUCAUACACGCCCCUUCCCGCCCCAGGCUGCUUAAUAAUCAUGAUUCUGCAUUCCGCGCCGCAGUUCCCACUCGCCAGUUGUCUAUUGUGGAUGUUCUCACAAGAUACACCAUUUCGGAUUUUUGUGUAGCUGUUUAAAGAUCAGCACUUGCUAUAUAUCAAGUUGAACACAGUGUUUGGACUACUGUGAAAAUCACUGCAGAGGUGACAAGUGUUCGUACCAUCCAGUGACGGCUGCAGGGAAGUGUCCGCACCGCCUCGCUUUCCCCUAAACUUGACUCUUGGUAUCGACCCGGGUUCUUGUGAAAGCUAUCUUUCACCCACAAGAGAUCGAGCCAGAGGCCUGCAGCCUCUCCUCAGGCUGAGUUAGGUCUGGUGAUACACUCCCUAAUGCUGUCAGAACAUAGCAUUUAGCAACUCACAAGUCCUCCACCCCCUGAAAGUCAGAGGACGCCAUUUCUAAACUACAAAAUGGACUCCGUUCGGAACGACAACUACCAAGGGUAUGGUAUGGGGCAGCAGCAGCAGCAGCAGCAGCAGGGUGGAGGGCAGUUCUACAUAGAUCCAGCAAAUGCACCACAGAAUAACCCUCAAGGUAUGCCUGCCGUGCCUGGGUCGCGGCCCUACGUGGAUCCCGAAGCCCAUGGGGAAGUUGACCCUACAGCCUACCCAGAGCCCAAGGAAUCCACCCACAAGAUCCGUGGGCGAUCCGACAUCAUCGAUAUGUUCUGUAACAACGUGAACCAGGAAUUACUCAUUGCUAAGACCUUCUAUUUCUUCUUCUUCUCCGCCUUCGGGUCACUCUUCCCUCUGAUGGCCGUAUACUUCAAACAAAUGGGCAUGAACCCCUUCCAGACCGGCGUGCUCAUCGGCAUCAGGCCAUUCGUGGAGUUCAUCGCCGCUCCAUUCUGGGGCUCCAUCGCCGACAAGUUCCAGAAGGGCAAGACCAUGCUGUUGUGUGCUGUGGGUUCCUGGAUCCUCUCUACCCUGGCUAUUGGUUUCAUCGAGCCUGCAGCCACCUCUUGUGUCAGCUUCAAUGGCACACACCACAUUCUUGAGGUCCCCUACUCCAGGCCUAUGCACAAAAGGAGCGUGACUCAAGAUGACUUCUUCAUCACCAAUCCUGAGCUUGACGAGGCCUUCAUGGGCGUGAAUCUUCCCGUCGCCUCUGACGAGCACUUUACCUCUCCGGGCAUGAGGAUGGGAGAAACAUUCCAGUGGGACAGCAUUCCUCUCAGCAUGCCAAGUAUCGCGAAAAGGAGGAGGAAGAGAGACGAGACGCCGCUCCCCCCAGACCACGUCACUGGCAAGUCGCCCCACGUUGUCCACUACACCGUGAACUUCGACCAGUUUCAUGGAGCUGAAGAGGCACUGUUGUCCCCUCCCUUCUCAAGCAUCGUGUACAAGUCCUCUGACGUGCAGAAAGUAUUCUUCCUGCUGCUGCUGGUGGUGGUCAUUGGGGAGUUCUUCAGCAGCCCCGCCAUCACUCUCGCUGACUCCGCGGUGCUUACAUAUCUUGGGGACGAAGCAGACCACUAUGGGCGGCAGAGGAUGUUUGGCUCCCUGGGCUGGGGUCUGGCUAUGUUUUUCGUGGGCAUUGCUCUGGACCAUUCCACCGCCUUCCCUGACCACCCUUGCAAACCCCAUGAAAAGGAAAGGAACUACACCAUCUGUUUUGCAGUCUUCAGUGUCCUCAUGGGUUGUGCCUUCAUCACAGCUUCCCAGUUCAAGUUUGACUAUUCAGAGCCGAUGCCAAGUGCAGUCCAGGAGGAAGUGAAGGAGCCCGUAGACAAUGGGCCCCGUCCCUGGAAUGAACCAAAGAUACCCUUGCAAGAGCACAAGUCUCAGCGGCAGAAAAUUGAUGAAGCCAUUGGGACUAUCAAAACCAAGAUCUUUGCCCAAACUAUGAAGGAGAUGCCUGAGUGGUUUGUGGUUCUCAAAGAGUUUAAGAACUUGCGGUGUGGAGCCUUCCUCUUUGUGGCCUGGUGGAUGGGCUUUGGCAUUGGUUUGAUCUUUGCCUUCCUCUUCUGGCAUCUUCAGGACUAUGGAGGUACUCCCACUGUGUUUGGUAUUGCCAGCAUCAUGAAUCACAUCUCUGAGAUUUUUGCUUACUUCUUUAGCUUCAGACUUAUCACCCAAAUUGGCCACGUGAAGGUCCUGUGUGUAGGGCUGACUGGAAAUGUCCUGCGUUUUCUCUACAUUUCCUGGAUGAGGAAUCCUUGGUGGGUUCUUCCCUUUGAGUUUAUUCAGGGUAUUACCCAUGCAGCAGUGUGGGCCGCCUGCUGUUCCUACAUUGCCCACAACACACCUGCUCACUUGCGCUGCUCCUCACAGGGUGUCCUGCAGGGCAUCCAUCAUGGCUUUGGCAGGGGCUGUGGUGCCAUCAUUGGAGGGAUUUUUGUCAACUUCUUUGGGACUUCUGUUGUGUUCCGCUCGUAUGGUAUCAUCUCUCUUGUCAUCUUGGGUGCCUUUAUCUUCAUCAACUUCUACCGGAAAGAUGUGGGAUUCCAGCCCGACCUGCCACCUGAAGAAGAUCCUCAUGAGAUGGCUGAGGAAGGAACAGCCCUGGCUCCACACGGUGUCCCAGCCAACCCCAUCCCUAGAGCCCUGAGCUCCCAGAAACUGAAUGAAGGGGCUUCUGAUGCUGGGUAUGGUACCUAUAAUGCCACAAAUGGGAUGUUAGAUAUACCAGGUGGAGGUGGUGCCCCCACCAAUCCCUUCCUUCAGGGUGGUGGGGAUGGAGGAAGUGGUGGUGGUGGUGGAUACAACUACUCCACAGACACCCAGCCAACUCAACCACUAUUCUCUGAGACCAAUCCCUUCCGAAAUUACUUCACCAAUCCCAGUCCCUUCCCUAGCAAGGACUCCCCCAUCAACUCCCCUGAUCUCAGCCCUGAUUAUGAGAGCAUCAAACACAGGUUCCAGGCAUAUGAUGAUCUGCUGAGUGGAAGGAAUAACAUUAAGGAAGAAUUGAAAGAGCCGCCUUUGAGCAAGCCUGAGGCGGGUGUGGAGCGUGAUCCCCAGCUCAGGACAGCCUUGCAGAACUACAAUUGGUAGGCUGACCCCCUGCCUUUCCCAUUACCAGUUGGGUUAGCCAUUGAAUGACUGGUAGGAUGCAUAAUCACAACAGUUAAGUAGAACCUAUUGGUAGACAUACAUAGUCUAAGGGAUGGUAACACAAAACACUAGUAAGAAUGUUGAAUACUUCAUUUUUUUUCCUAGCAAUACACAAAUCAUUGACUUCAUGAAUUGGUGAUAUUAAGUGAUAUUAAUCAAAAUAAUGUCAUGUAUUUUAUCAUUUGGCUAUAGCAGGGUGAGAACAUAUGUCUCCCAAUUAUGAUCAUGCUUAGUAACUGUUAGUAACUCUUGAAAACAUGUGGACCUCAGUAUUGCUAGCAUUUAAGAGUGUAAGGCAACAUAUCGCAAGGGAGUUAAACGAUGGACAGUUACAUUGAUAAAAAAUGGUUGGACAUUUUAUUCCUAUUAGGAGGACAUCUUCCUAAUGCUGUCUCGUGACCCAUGCUGGGCAGGGAAACAAGGAGCUACACAACAAGUCACAAAUGAUCAUGUCAUUGUAAAUACAUGUCCGUCAUCAUUGUAACUAUAGAAGCACCCACACCGUAGUUGUCUCAUUGCACUCAUUUAACGGCCUAGACAAAUGUAGUGACCCGUGGUACCCUUGUGGUGCAGGAUCCUCCUCCAGACAAGUAAAAGACACACUGGGAGCCAAAAAGAGAAUGUCUACCUGUAUGUUUUCAUUAGAGUUUGUUUAAUUUUCCAAUACAUUUGUAGUCAAAUGCACUGUUGCAUUGAACUUAGUUGUUCUACUGCAAGACAUUUUUUUACAGCAAUAAAUGUAUAUCGUAUAUUUUUGGGAUGGCAAGCUUUAAUUGAUAUAUUUUUGGCAGAAUAUUUCUUUUAAAUAAUGUGAGAUAUUUUAUAAGAAACAUUGUAAAUUAUGUAAAUUAAACUGUGCAUCUGUGGUUGCAAUAUUUGAAGUCUAUGAGGGAAUAUAACAAUUACUUAAAAAGUUAUCAUGGUUUUAAAAAAUUGCCCCAUGAAGCUGUGAGUUAUAGCAUACUUAUAUACAUUCACAUGUAUAUUUUUUCUUUUCAUCAGAUUUGAGCUUUCAAGUAAUGCAUUGCAGUGUACAUAGAUGAUGCCUUUGUUAAUACAGCUUUGGAGUAAUGGAGUACCAGCCCCCUGCAUGAACAGACCCAGCAGUGUGUGUUGCUGAGGGUCUUGGGCGAUGUUGUAACUACAUAAUUGUUUUCAUGGGAAAAGUUAGUGCAAGUCUCAAAUUUGUGCCAAGACCUCAUUGGUUUGUUGCAUACCUACUGGUCUUGAUGUUUAGAGAAUUGAAGACCAAAUAGUUUUAUAAAACUGAGGUCAUUUAAUCAUCUGUCAACAAUUUAAAUGGUUUGUAUUUCCACAUACUUCUCGUAACGUGAUCUGUCUGUAUCUGUAACCUCUAGCUUUCGGCUGAGUGGUAGUUCCGUGUCGAAGAGAAGAGCAGGAAAAGUCGUCACGUCAAAGUACUUCAUAUGUUAAAGUUUGUUGACAUGAUAACUAGUCAGAAACUUUUCUUGUUCCUUAAUGGUGGUGGUUCUCCUUUUCCAUGUGUGUGUGUAUGUGUUGGAGGUGAGGGAUUGUGUGCUCAGAUGUGUGAGGUAGAUAAUUCAUUCCUCUUGGUGCCAGUCUCACAAUAUUCAAGGAUAAUCCUCAAGGUUAUCAUUAGCACUUUCCCUUUAGGCAAAGAAGGCCCAACACUACUGCGGCCUUGUCUUAGUCUUAGAGUCUUAAAGCUCUUUCUUUUGGGGGAAAUAAAUAUGACAACUGAGGUUAUAACCUUGAAAGUAAUAUUGAUUAUUGGACAAACCUGUAAGUCUCAAUUAAUUGCUUCUACUUCCAAGAGGAAAAAUUAUGGGCAAGUCAUAUUGCCUUCCUUCUGGUGUCCCUGAUGUAUAUCAAUUGUAGUGGUUGCACUCUGAGUAGUGUGCAUGCUUGCUUGGGUAUGCAAUGAUUGCUCAGACAAUAUGUAAAAAACUAAAGGAGAGUACCUCAUUGACUCCUAAAAUUAUAGUUAGUGUGAGAAGUGUACCAAGUGGUGAAGGUGUCUACAUAAAACCUGUGUGACAGACCAGAACUUGCCCAUGUAUCACCCUCCCAAAAUCUUACUUUGAACCUGUGGCUUUGGGUAGUGAUGGUGAAGCAAGACAAGACAUGAGAGGAGUGUGGGUUCCUUCACUAUUAUCUUGUAGCAUAAUGAAUGUAGUGCUGAAGUAUCUCAUAAGUGUUGACAAAUAAAACAUAUUAAGAACCUUAUUAGUGCAGAGGACUUAUCUUGUAAGGUUGUUGAUUCAUAGUAUUUCAGUAUAGACAAGUAACUUUCCCAGCAGUCACAAACAACUUGCCAUGAAAACGAGAGUUACCUAGAUGUGCAGACCAUUUGCCUUGCUGAGCAUCACUGACAUAGUAAUGUUAACUUGUCAAAAGUAUAAUUGGUGGUACAUUCAGUCAAGGAUCAAAUGAUAUGUAUGUUAUCUGUCUUGUUGAAUAUAUAUCGUGUUGUUUAUUGUGGUAAAGCGAGAUGAAAGUUGAAA